AUGAAGCUUUCCCUUUCCGUCAAGCUUGCUGCCCUCGCGCAGACUCUCUUUGCACUCACCGCUCUUGCAACGCCAAAUCCGAUCUCUGGUAGCUCCAGCGUACAAGUCCGUGAUCCGGCCAUCUGGUACAACUCCGCAACGAAGAAAUACUAUGUCUUCUCUACGAACAACAAGAUUACGAUUUACACCUCUACAUCGCUGACUGGGCCAUGGACCAAUGUCGGUGCUGCCAUCCCCAAUUGCUCGAUCAUCCAGUUGGACGGCAACUGCAACCUCUGGGCGCCCGAUGUUAACUAUAUCGACGGCGAGUAUGUCUUGUACUACUCUGUUUCGGCUAUCGGCAGUCAGAACUCUGCCAUCGGUGUUGCCACGUCCCCCUCCAUGGAACCCGGAACAUGGACGGAUCACGGCGAGGUCAUCAGCUCCAAGACGGGCGAUGUCUACAACGCCAUCGACCCCAACCUCAUUGAUUGGAACGGCCUCAAGCUCUCGUUCGGGUCUUACUGGAAUGGCAUGUACCAGAUCGGCCUGUGGCCUGACGUCGAGACACAGGCCUCGGCGCUCCCCGGAACCCACCUUGCAGGCAACAGCGGCCGCCCGGCAGAAGGCGGCUUCACCUACAAGUCUCCUGAUUCCUCGUACUACUUCUUCUUUUUCUCGGACGGUAUCACGCCUUUGGCCGGCGCGACUAGCCGUCCCGCCGCCGGGAAAGAGUACAAAGUCCUCGUCGGUCGUGGCUCGGGCGGCAUGGGCCCCUUCUACGGCAUGCUUGGCAAUGACCUGACCGAGGCGCUCGAUCCCCCCACUGGCUCGCUUGUGCUUGGUAGCCACGACAACGUCUAUGCUCCUGGUGGACAGAGCAUCUUCCGCGACCCUGUCAGCAACCGCGACGUCAUGGUAUACCACUACCAGCCGCUCGACGGUCCCAUCGGCGGACCGUCGUACCUCGGCAUCAACUACCUUUCCUUCACUUCUGGGUGGCCCGUCGUCGUUGCAUGA